UUUUUCAGAAUCCAUCUGAGAACAUGCUGCCACAAAUAGCCCUUUUGCUGCUAAUGUUCUUGAACUUGGUUCAUGGAGAGUUUUAUGCUGAGAGAUACCAAACACCUACAGGCAUAAAAGGCCCACUAUCCAACACCAAGACACAGUUCUUCAUUCCUUAUGCCAUAAAGAGUAAAGGUAUACCAGUAAGAGGAGAGCAAGGUAUUCCAGGUCCACCAGGCCCUACUGGACCUCGAGGGCACCCAGGUCCAUCUGGACCAGCAGGAAAACCAGGCUAUGGAAGUCCUGGACCCCAAGGAGAGCCAGGGCUGCCAGGACCACCGGGACCACCAGGAACUGGGAAGCCAGGUUUGCCAGGACUGCCAGGAAAACCAGGGGAGAGAGGACCAUAUGGACCAAAAGGAGAUAUUGGACCAGCUGGUUUACCAGGCCCACGGGGCCCACCGGGACCACCUGGAAUUCCUGGCCCAGCUGGAAUUUCUGUUUCAGGAAAACCUGGACAACAGGGAUCCCCAGGAGCCCCGGGACCCAGGGGCUUUCCUGGAGAAAAGGGUGCACCAGGAGUUCCUGGUAUAAACGGACAGAAAGGGGAAACUGGAUACGGUGCUCCUGGUCGCCCAGGUGAGAGGGGCCUUCCAGGCCCUCAGGGUCCCAUGGGACCACCUGGCCCUCCUGGAAUGGGAAAAAGAGGCGAAAAUGGGUUUCCAGGACAGCCAGGGAUCAAAGGUGAUAGAGGAUUUCCAGGAGAAAGGGGAUCAAUUGGCCCACCAGGCCCCCAAGGUCCUCCUGGGGAACGAGGACCAGAAGGCAUUGGAAAGCCAGGAGCUGCUGGAGCCCCAGGCCAGCCAGGGAUUCCGGGAACCAAAGGUCAUCCUGGGGCUCCAGGAAUAGCUGGGCCCCCAGGGGCUCCUGGCUUUGGGAAACCAGGCUUGCCAGGCCUGAAGGGACAAAGGGGACCUGUCGGCCUUCCAGGGAGUCCAGGUGCUAAAGGGGAACAAGGCCCAGCAGGUCAUCCUGGGGAGCCAGGUCUGACUGGACCCCCUGGAAAUAUGGGACCCCAAGGACCAAAGGGCAUACCAGGCAACCAUGGGAUCCCAGGCCCCAAAGGCGAGACGGGGCCAUUCGGGCCUGCAGGACUCCCAGGUGCUAAAGGAGAAAGAGGUGCCUCCGGUCUAGAUGGAAAACCAGGGUACCCAGGUGAACCAGGUCUCAGUGGUCCUAAGGGUAACCCAGGAUUACCAGGCCCAAAAGGUGACCCUGGAGUGGAAGGACCUCGUGGUCUCCCAGGCCCUGCGGGUGCAGCAGGAGCUAAGGGAAUGCCUGGACACAACGGUGAGACUGGCCCAAGAGGUGCUCCUGGAAUACCAGGUACCAGAGGCCCCAUUGGGCCACCAGGCAUUCCAGGAUUCCCUGGAUCUAAAGGGGAUCCAGGAACUCCAGGUCUUCCUGGCCCCGCUGGCAUAGCGACUAAGGGCCUCAAUGGACCCACUGGGCCACCAGGGCCUCCAGGUCCGAGAGGCCAUGCUGGAACGCCUGGUCUCCCAGGUCCCCCAGGGCCCCCAGGCCCCCCAGGUCAGGCAGCCCUUCCUGAGGGCUUUAUAAAGGCAGGCCAAAGGCCCAGUCUUUCUGGGAUGCCUCUGGUUAGUGCCAAUCAGGGUGUAAUAGGAAUGCCUGUGUCUGCUUUCACCGUUAUUCUCUCCAAAGCUUACCCAGCAAUAGGUACUCCCAUCCCAUUUGAUAAGAUUCUGUAUAACAGGCAGCAGCAUUAUGACCCAAGAACUGGAAUCUUCACUUGCAGGAUACCAGGAAUAUACUAUUUCUCAUACCAUGUGCAUGUGAAAGGGACCCAUGUUUGGGUAGGUCUGUAUAAGAACGGCACCCCUGUAAUGUACACCUAUGAUGAAUACGCCAAGGGCUACCUGGAUCAGGCUUCGGGAAGCGCCAUAAUCGACCUUACAGAAAAUGACCAGGUGUGGCUCCAGUUGCCCAACGCUGAGUCGAAUGGCCUAUAUUCCUCUGAGUAUGUUCACUCCUCUUUCUCAGGAUUCUUAGUAGCUCCAAUGUGAGCAUAUUCCCACCAAGCUAACAUAAAUAUGCUUGAAAAGGCAUUCCUCAACUUCACCCCAUCCCACAAAAUGCAUAUGAAGGUAGGCUGAAAAAAAUAUGACUCAUUCUAAUUUUCUAAAAUACAGAUUUGAGCUUUCAGACCAACAAAUUCCCCCCUUGAAAAAGUGAGCAGCAAUAGUAAACGAUACGUGAAGACUCUCAAAUUUCUAGUCAGCAAUCCUAAGACUUCAAAGUUUUCUGUGGAGUCCUUUCAGUGUUUAAAAAUUUAAGCUAAAAUAAUAUAAAAUGAUUACCAAAAAGACCCCUGAUCUGUGAUGACAAAUUAUGAUAAAUUUUAUUUCAGAAACUCAGCAUUUCCUUUUAAAAUAAGCCUGUUUCUAAUAACUAACAGGAGAACUUCUAGGAAACAUUUAGGAGGUUUCAUAACUUUAAAGAACUUAAAUACUUGAAUAUUCAAAUUUAAAAGACACUGUAUACCAUAGGAUCUUUCUGAUGGUGCAUUACUCGAAGGCUUAUGUGGCCCCGUGCAUCCAGAUCUAUUCAAAUACAGAGGUGCAUAUGAACUUUUUAUAGCUCUCAUAAAAAUCCAAAAUGGUAUGUUAAAAUUAACCUGAAAUGCAAGGUGCUUUCUUUAGUCCUGAACCUUUUUGAACUUUUCUGUGACUGCAGAAAAGCUUUCUACACACUAUUCACAACUUGGGAGUAGGUAUCUGACCUACUGUAUUUAUUUAACACAAGAGUGAUUAAUUUGAUCUCUUUAAUUCCUUCACUGAAUUUUAUGUAAUAUGACUUUGCGGGUUUACAAAACACUAGCGUAUGUACCUUAUGCCUCCCAUUCCAGUGAAAUUAUAACUAAUGUCAAGGGUUUCAAAAUUUGCCUAGAAAUGAAGAGACAUUAUUUAUUUAUGCUCUGUACUGUAUUUUUAUAUUGCUGUUUAAAACUUUUAAGCUGCGCCUCACUUAUUAAAGCAUGAAAUGUUUUACCUACUCCUUAUUUACAAUGCAAUAAAAUAACAUCAAUAGAUUUUUAUGUGAAAUUUAUUUAACAGUAGCAAUCUGCAUUUGUCAGCCCUUCUUUUAAGGCUUUUCAUUUUACAAAGCCAAUAGAAAGUAAAACAAUAAAGUGGUGGGUGGCUUUAUGGUUGUCAUGGAUAUGCCUCUCUAUUGGAGACAGGCAUUCCCACAUACCCUAGCACUCAGUGCAGAGAGUGAAAAGGCACCCUCAGAAUCACAUGUGACCUCUAAGCCAGGGUGAAGGGCUGGUGGCUAGGCAUAAAAAAGUGAGACAAUCACCCCACAACAAUGACUUUCCUCUGGGAGGGAAAAAAAGCAGAGAAAUAUUAAUUUGAACAUAUAUUCUGCGGUCACUAUUUGUUGCCUUGAAAUGUUUUUAGUCAUAAUAUUUAGGAUUAUUUUGAUGGUAAAAUUACAUAAAAGGAAGGCAAGCAAUUUUUAUGUCGAUCAAAAGGCAAUAUUUUUCUAGGCUGGAAAAUACUGUUCUUGAGCCUCCACCAGCCCAUCGAUUGAACCAGAACAGUCUGGGUGAAGUCCCCAGGGUAACUUACUAUAAAGGCAUCUCUAUUCCUUAGAAGUAAUCUGUGUAACCCAAGCAAAUCUAUGACUAGAACCAUGAAUCCCUAGGCUCAGGUUAGUGAUAUCUGCUCUUAUUCUGGCUCAACCAGUCAGGUUUUUUAAGCAACAAGAAUGGAAUUUUCACUUUUCCCAACUGUCUAUAACUACUACAUGAAUGGUUACAUUCCCAAGCCAGGAAACAGCAAAGCUAGAACUUCAGUUCUGGGGAACAGACAGAACAACCCUAUUGGCAGGUAUGCAAAAGACAGCACAGCUUAGAAUACAGGCAAAUAUGGCCAUAAAACACAGAAGCAAAAGGAACUCUUAAAAGAUAAAUGGUACCAACUUUAUAGUGAUAUUUAGGGGCAAAUUAAAUCCCAAUUAAGGAACAUAGCAGAAUAGGUAACUUCUAAGUAAUUCAUUAGACACAGAGCAUUUAACAAACACCUACUACAAAGUCUCUCUU